AUCAAUCUUACCGGUGGUGUACGAUCGUUCACUGUGUUGUGCGUGCUGUGCGUGUGAUCUCUUAGUGUGAUAGACCAAAAUAAUACGCAUGAAAAUACCGCGAUUGUUGCGAGUCGAUCGCUUCUCGCGGUCCAACAAAAACCCCGAUUCAGCAACGCUGUUGAUUAGCGAUCUUAUCAAACAGUGAUGCCAACAGCUUUUCGUUCCAUCCAGUAAACAUAUGUUCGAAGAUGUAAAAUUAAAGUGUUACGCUGCCUCCUAGUUCCACCUAAUGUUCGCUUCCGCAGUAACGGAAUUGGACGAGGCACAGUUACCGUUGUGUUGUUUCUGAACUGUAUGUUAGGAAGAUUAGUGUUUCUUUGUUAAAAACGCACCCGAGCGUGUGUUCGAGCGCGGCUGUGUGUCUUAUGUUAAAGUGCGCGUGUGCAUUUCUGUGUGAGGCUGUAGAAAGUAGUGCAGCCGGUAGAAAAUAAGUGUUUGUGUGGCGUAAGUGUCGUCCAGGGAGCGAAGAAAAAUAGCAACCUUUCGGCAACCGUUAAACCACGUGACUCCAAUGCAUUGUGCACGUAUUUUCACCCGUAAACGCAAGGCAUUACGCAUGAUAGACCAAUCGACGCUAAACUACCGAAGACCGCUGGAAAGUACACGAACGUUUACCCAUCGUUACGCGACCUUGUGCACUAUGAUGCUGCAGAAGUAGGUAGCAGGGUUAGUGCGUCAGCACUGCUCAGCGCUUAUCUGCUGCCAUACCAAGCGACAGAUAAGUUCCUCGUCCCGUCUGUUGCAACGUGGCCUUAAACCGCUCAGGAAGCUUAGGAGAGCUUUAACCUACCUGUCAUCAUUCAACAUUGUAUUCCGUGUGUAUGUGUGUGCCGGGCCGUCAGCUGCGUCGAAGUUACUAUGCAACAGGUUGACCGAGUUGGCCGGGUUCGCCAGGUUGUCCAUGGCUUCUUCAUACGGAUAAGAAACACUAGCGUAACCGCCUUUCCCUGCUUUGGCAAUUCACCAACGAGAAAUGAUGACGAUGCCACAACAUCAGGCAUAACGCUGGAUGACUCCGAUAAACGCGUGAUACGGCUAAAUGAACCGCAAGCCCAAAAGUACUGUAACAAUCAUAUCUCAACCGCUAAAUAUAGUGUUCUUAGUUUUCUACCUUCGUUCCUGUUCGAGCAGUUUCGGCGGUACUCGAACUGCUUUUUUCUGUUAAUUGCACUGUUGCAACAGAUACCGGACGUGUCACCAACCGGUCGCUAUACUACGCUCGUGCCACUUAUGUUUAUCCUCGCGGUGAGCGCAAUCAAGGAAAUCGUUGAAGACGUCAAGCGACAUCGAGCAGAUGAUGAAAUAAACCACCGCUUGAUCGAGGUACUGCAAAAUGGCCAGUGGCACACGAUCAAGUGGCAGGAGCUGUCGGUCGGCGAUAUCGUUAAGGUGCUUAACGACACCUUUUUCCCUGCCGACCUGGUGCUGCUGUCCUCAAGCGAACCGCAGGGCAUGUCCUUCAUUGAGACAUCCAACCUAGACGGUGAAACGAACCUGAAGAUUCGGCAAGGUGUUCCGACCACGGUUAAGAUACUGGAGACAAAGGACUUUAACCAGUUUCGUGGUACGCUAGAGAGUGAACCACCGAACCGGCAUCUGUACGAGUUCAAUGGCGUGCUGAAGGAACACGACAAGCAAGCGGUAGCACUUGGGCCGGAUCAGCUGUUACUGCGAGGUGCCAUGCUACGUAACACCGCCUGGAUAUUCGGAAUCGUUAUCUACACCGGUCACGAUACGAAACUUAUGCGAAACUCUACCUCUGCGCCAUUGAAGCGCUCAACCGUUGACAGACUGACAAACACGCAAAUUUUAAUGUUAUUUUUCAUUCUGAUCAUGCUGUGUAUCGUGAGUUGCAUUUUCAACCAAAUUUGGACGAACGAACAUUUUAAGAAGGACUGGUACUUAGGCAUCGGCAAUCUUUUGAACAAAAACUUCGCCUACAAUCUGCUUACGUUUAUUAUUCUGUACAACAAUUUGAUUCCAAUAUCGCUACAAGUUACGUUAGAACUGGUUCGAUUUCUACAGGCAAUCUUCAUCAACAUGGACAUCGAUAUGUACCACGAGGAGUCGGACACGCCGGCUAUGGCGCGCACUUCAAACCUUAACGAGGAGCUUGGAAUGGUGAAAUACGUGUUCUCCGAUAAAACCGGCACGCUGACACGGAACGUGAUGGAGUUCAAAAAGUGCAGUGUGGCUGGCGCGAUAUACUCGGUCGAGGAAACGCCUGCCCAGUCUCGUUUAGUACAGAACAUUCUCAAUAAUCAUCGAACGGCACCUACCUUACGCGAAUUCCUAACACUGAUGGCAAUUUGUCAUACAGUGAUACCGGAAAAGCAACCCGGAGACAGUAUGAACGAUAUUCAGUAUCACGCUGCUAGCCCAGACGAACGGGCCCUGGUUUAUGGUGCUAAAAAAUUCGGUUACGUGUUUUACACUCGCACGCCAACAUACGUUGAGAUUGAAGCACUGGGCGUGCAGGAACGGUUCGAGAUACUUAAUGUGCUGGAGUUCACAUCCACCCGCAAACGGAUGUCAGUAAUAGCCCGCAACUCCAAGAGCGAAAUCAAGCUGUAUUGCAAAGGAGCAGAUACUGUUAUUUACGAGCGAUUAGCACCGGACGGUGUAGCAUACCGUGAGUCAACCUUGAGCCAUCUGGAGGAGUUCGCCACCGAUGGUCUGCGAACGCUGUGCUGCGCAGUAUCCGACAUUCCGGACGACGUGUACGAAGACUGGAAGCAUACCUACCACAAAGCGUCAACAUCUCUGCAGUAUCGUGAGCAGAAAGUAGAAGAUGCUGCUAACCUGAUUGAAACGAAUCUACGACUCCUGGGAGCUACGGCGAUCGAGGAUAAGCUUCAGGAUGGUGUGCCAGAAACGAUCGCUUCGUUGCUCGAGGCAAAAAUCAAUGUGUGGGUGUUAACUGGAGACAAGCAAGAAACGGCUAUCAACAUCGGUUACUCCUGUCAGCUCUUGUCCCAUUCAAUGGAUUUAAUUUUGUUGAAUCAGGAUUGUUUGGAUAACACACGUACCUGCAUACUUGAGCACACUACCAAUGGUCGGUAUGAUAAUAUGGGCCGUAAAGAUGCCGCAUUGAUAGUGGACGGAAAAACCCUGAAGUACGCUCUCAGCUGUGAUUUGCGACGCGAAUUUCUGGAACUCUGCCUCAACUGCAAGGUCGUAAUUUGUUGUCGUGUCUCGCCAAUUCAGAAAGCCGAAAUGGUGGAACUUGUGACGACAACCACAAAAUCGGUAACAUUGGCUAUCGGUGACGGCGCGAACGAUGUGGCGAUGAUACAGAAAGCAAAUGUCGGAGUCGGUAUUUCGGGUGUGGAAGGUUUACAAGCGGCUUGUGCGUCCGAUUAUUCGAUUGCUCAGUUCAGCUACCUUCGAAAGUUGCUGCUGGUUCAUGGAGCAUGGAACUACAGUCGGAUGUGCAAGCUAAUUCUGUACAGCUUUUACAAAAACAUCUGCCUGUACGUGAUAGAGCUGUGGUUUGCCAUGUAUUCCGGAUGGUCUGGUCAAAUAUUGUUCGAACGAUGGACAAUCGGUUUAUACAACGUGUUUUUUACUGCGCUACCACCGUUUGCUAUGGGACUGUUCGAUAAAGUAACAUCGGCGGAACAAAUGUUGAAAGAACCAAGACUUUAUGCACCGUCACAAAAUGCCAAACUAUUUAAUGUAAAAGUGUUCUGGCGCUGUAUUGUGAAUGCGCUAUGCCAUUCAAUGAUACUGUUUUGGUUAUCGUACAAGAUCUACGAGAAGGAUGUUAUUUGGAAAAACGGCCGGGACGGUGGAUAUUUAGUGUUAGGCAACAUAGUGUACACGUACGUAGUCGUGACGGUGUGUUUGAAGGCCGGUCUGCUUACUAACUCUUGGACCUGGCUCACACAUUGUUCCAUCUGGGGUUCGAUACUGCUGUGGUUUAUAUUUAUUGUCAUUUACAGCAACAUCUGGCCAGCAUUACCAGUAGGCGCGGUGUUCACGGGUAUGGAUAAUAUGGUCUUCACUACGCCAGUGUUUUGGGGUGGUCUGUUACUUAUUCCAAUUUCCGCACUACUGUUUGAUAUUACCUGGAAAGCGUUUAGAAACUCUCGAAAGGAUAACAUCUUAACACCACCAAUGAAGGAAUCGAGAUCUUCAAGCUUGUCGAAGAUUCUCUCCUGGCGUAGACGUAACUCCGUGGCGCCUCUUGCGGCUUGGCAUCAGAACAGUAUUAGCAUAACCGAGUUGCACAUGUAGAAAUAAUAUACCAUUUGCUGAAUAUGUAUGUUAUACAACGAAUGUAUGUAGUUGAUGUCCCAAGAUUAUCACAAGUGUUGAAUUUGCUGUCACUAUUACAUAGCAUUAAAUCCCACCCCGAAAAACCAAUAUUAGAGUUCAUGAUUAGUAAAUACAACAUGAAACAGUUGCUAGGGUUUGAAUGCUAAACCAUUACAUGGUUCUGUAAAAAAAAAUCAUACAUCAGUUGAAGACGGCAAAUACACUUCGUCGUCCAAACCAAAUCAAACCAGUCCAAUGCAAAACGAAUCAGAACUAAGCAGUGUUUGGGAAAAACAAUUACAUACAAUCAUAAUUGUACCGAAAAACUUGUGAGAAAUUUAAACAAAGGGGUGUGUGCGUAAGGUCAGUAAAGCGGAACGAAACAUUUGUCCGAGAUGUUAUCUAGUUAUAAACAUCAUUAUUUAAUUACAAAAGUCUAUGUAUAGAUUCAAACCUUGCAUUAAUUUUGGGACACUCUUGCUAUCGUAGCUAAGGGAAGAGUAGACAGAGGAAACAUAAGGAUUUUUGUGAUACAUGUAUAUUUGGAAGACGCAUAGAUAGGCUGUGUAAUGCAACAAUUCUCUUUUUCCUUCGGGAGUGAUAAUUUAUUUACGCAUUAAUUAACUAAUAUUACCGCGUCGUAGAAACCGAAGCAAUAGAAUACAUGGAAUGCCCGAAAUAAAACAACACACGCACAAAAGUUUCGGAAGCGUUAGGGUAAUAUUGCACUGCAAUCCGUCCGUUGGCAGUAAAACUGCUUCUCUCUAUUAUUUAACCUCUAGCAUAAUCUUCCCCUUUAGCUGGUUCUAUAAUAUUAGUUUCUUAACUUUCCUAUCCUAUUUAUCUACUAUUAUAUUUUAUUUAAUAACUACUUAACCACUGGAUCUCAUGACUCCACAUUCUAUAAUGAAUGGCAUCCUCCCUUUUUCUCACAAACUGCGCACGUUUUAGAGCGCACCAUGUUUGUUUGUUACCUUCUUUAAAAACAUUCCUGUACGGUCUUGAAAUGGUAAGCUAUAAGCGAAAGACGAAUAAAUCAAAUAUGAUGGUAAUAAGUAGAAUGUUUAGGAUACAAUAAAAGCAAACUUCAAUGUAAAAAGAUCAUUUACUAAGUGCAAUAUUGAUAGUUUAUAAUUAUGUACUAUGUGUUGAACAACAUUUUAAGGUAUCAUAGUUAGGGACGAAUGAAAAAUAAUGUGAAACAAACUAAAGCUGAUCAUGAAUACAAUGGAUAACUUAAAUAUUUAGGCAAAACAAUGCAGUCGGCAACACUAAAAAACGCCUUCCUAAUGUGCUUUGAUUGUAUUACCUCGCUGUGUUGUGUAUGUGUGUUAUCUAAUGGAAUUAAGCGGUGGGCAAUCUGCGCUCUGUGCUCAUAAAUCAUAUGUUUCGUUUUUUCUUUCGGUGUGGCAUACCGUCUCCAAAGGUUCUAAUAUAUCUGUAAAGUUUGCUGUCAAACAGCGUCGUGUGUGGCUCAUGGUUAAUGGCGCUUUAUGUUUUAUUGAAUAAGAAAAUAAAUGGUUUAUUGAACUUAUACUACAUUGUAGAGCAUACAAAAUGCCCACAAUAAACAUCAUAUGUUGCGCCUGUAAAUGUACGGGAACGCGCUAAUGUUGCUGGUGCUGGUGACAUACACAUAUUCUUCCUUCUAAAGAUGUUUGCAUUUCUCUAAGUCACUGUGAUUAAACGAUUAAUCGAAAUGUGUGUUUACGUUACCGUCGAUGGUCAUUCAGCUAAAUGCUACUUUUAUUACACAUUGCGUGGCUUAGCGGCUUCAGUAUAAUGCUGUGUUGAUAACUCUUCGAUCAAUGUUCUGUUCUCACCUUUAUACUAUGUCCUGUCUUUCGAAAUGUUUGAUGGCGCUUAUAUUCAGCUGUUAAAAAUUCAGCCGAAAUGGCGCAUUCUGUUUUCACGUUUUAUCUUUCCAUACAUUUACCCACACGAACAUGCCCCUAUACCACCUACUCGUG